CGCCCGCCGGCCGACCCGCAGCAGCUGUGUUGCAGGGCGGGCGCGGCGCCGGACUGCGGCGGCGGCUUCAUACCGGUGCACGAGCCGGAGGCGAGCGCAGUGCCGGUUGCUGCCCCGGCGCCGCUGGUGCACCGCCUCGUGCAGCCGGCGUGCCUACAGUGCGGCGAGCGCUUCCCGCAGUCCUUCCUGCUCGACAACUUCGACUACAGCGUGUGCGACGCCUGCAGGUGGCCACACAUGUUUUGACACCAGAACAUGCAUUUACCGUGUUGAGGACGACGCGGGCGCGCACGCGCUGCUGCCGCGCACGCAGGCCAAGAGCGACUUCCUGCUGCAGGACUGCGACCUGGACGCGCGCCCGCCGCCGCUGCGCGCGCUGGCCCGCCCCAACCCGCACCGCGCGCGCGCGCCGCCCAUGCGCCUGUACCUGCGCGCGCAGCUCGAGCAGCGCGCGCGCGACGUGUGGGGCUCCGACGCCGCGCUGGAACUGGAGCGCGCCGCGCGCGUCGAGCGCCGCGAGCGCGCCGAGCGCACGGCGGCCGGGCGCCGUCUGCGCGCGCUGCGCAUGGACGUGCGCUCCAGCCUGUUCGCGAGCGCGCGCGCGCCGCACGAGCACGAGUUCGGGCCCGAGGCGUACGACGCGCAGGCCGACGUGUACCGCCGCGAGUGCGCGUGCGGGCACGCGGAGACCUACGAGAAGAUGUAGCGCGGGCGCCCGCGAGCUAUUUGCCAACUGUUCUUAUAAAUAAAAAGAUUAAAUCUAAC